GGGGUGGGGGGUGAUCAGCACCUCCCUCUCCCCCACGAUCCGACACGUCUCGGGGCGAUGGCGGCCGGAGAUGAUCUGUUCAACCCUGGGACGGACGAGGCGGGGUCCGGACUGAGCGUCAAGACGCUGCUGCCGAAGCUGCUCCCCGGGGGCGUCCCGGCCCGGGAGUGGUUGGAGCAGCGCCGUGCCACCAUCCGACCCUGGGGCCCCUUCCUGGACCAGCGCCGCUUCGCCCGCCCCCAAAACCUGGGCGACCUGUGCCACAGGCUGGGGCGCAACGUGGAGCACUACCAGAGCAACUAUGUCUUCGUCUUCCUGGGCCUCAUCCUCUACUGCAUUAUCACGUCCCCGAUGCUUCUGGUGGCCCUGGCCGUUUUCUUCGGCGCCUGUUACAUCCUCUACCUGCGCACGCUGCAGUCCAAACUGAUGCUCUUCGGUCGGGAGGUGCCCCCCGCUCACCAGUACGCACUGGCCGGGGCCAUCUCCUUCCCCUUCUUCUGGCUGGCGGGAGCCGGCUCUGCCGUUUUCUGGGUCCUCGGAGCCACACUGGUCGUGAUCGGUUCUCACGCCGCCUUCCACCAGCUGGAAUCCGGGGACACAGAGGAACUGCAGAUGGAGCCUGUCUGAGGAACCCAGGACCUUCACCUCUCCCCGCCUCCCAAGGGGGUCGGAUUUGACCAUGGACAACACUUUCCUACUUCAGGCUAAGACCAAACUCCCUGCUACCCACUCGUCUCCAUCCAUUCUUUCCUCCCUGUCUUCCUUCCUCCCUGCCUCCCUCUUCCCUCUAUCCCUCCAUCCUUCCAUCGCUUCCUCCCUCCUUCUGUCUUUUCACCCCCUGGGACCUAGCAGGAGAGGUGCUGUCUGUGGAGAAAAUGGUAGGAGGGGAACCAGGGGGUCAGGGACAGAGCCUGCCGCUUAUGUAUCUGUUACAAUAAAGUCUGUCCUGUUCUUUUUCUUUCUGGUA